CGUCGAUCAGCUAUCAGGCUGGGAAAGCGAAGGAUAAACGUAUCCUUGCGACCCCGUCGCAGUCUCAGCAUCCGUACGAUUUCGGGCCAAUAUCACACGGCGACAUCAGAUGAUAUUAAUUUUGUUACUCUCCAGCAUUUCAUUUUCAGUCCGAUCGACUCUUGCAUCGUGCUACGACCGGUCGCGGAAAUUCAUCUCGAGAAAAUCGUCCAACUUUACACUGAAUACAACCGAACACCAAGCCCGGAGUGUCCUGGUUCCGAAGGAAUCACACAUACGAACAGCACUGUGUGGGAACGGCGAGACGUGAGGUGCCACAAAAAGAAGGUCCUGAUAAAAAUAUACGUAACUGAAUUGAAGUGAUACUAUUAUCUACUUGAGAUUUCCAUAAAUUAAUUCGAUAUGUCUCAGAUGAUUACGAUCAGCCGGAGUACCAGUGGCGAAACCCGUUGGUAACCUUGACGAUGCUGAAAGGGAAAAUUGUUAAGCUUUUGAUAGAACGUGACUACAAAGUAGUGACUCGCGAAUCGAGUUUUGGGUGUAUCGACGAUUUGAAGUUAGUGUGAUUUGUGACUUAACAGGUGUUGUUACUAACGAAUUCCGAAAAGUUCUACCAACAUGGAUUAACACUCGUUCGUUCGAUUCUCCAAACCAACCAAAAAAAAAGGUCAAGGACUCUGAACUAGGAUACAGAUUUGUGCGACUAGUUUAACGAGACCGGACUUCAAGCUGUAUCUACCGUCGGAUUGUUGUGCACCGGUGAAUAGGGAACAUUCAUCGACGGGCGUCCACUAUAACCCGCUCGGCCCCAAGUUGGAUUUCAAAAACAGCUGUGCCGAUUCCGGCCCUGCUGGUAUUGGUGGUGGUGGUGGCGGUACAAGUGCAGGAAGUGCAGCCUCAUCAGGUGCCCAUUCGUCUUCCCUCGGACUUAGCCCGGCCAGUCCGGACUCCCAACAGUUCAACAUCUUUCCGGCAAUUUUUAGCCGCCAGCUGAACUUCACCGGAAGCACGUGUGGCACCAGUGGACAAGGCAAACUGAUGGAUGACCUACGGCCAAAUCUAGUUGGCGGUCUGUUAGGGCUGCAGCAAGGCCUACUUGAUGACCAUACACUCUCGCACAGCAAUCUGCAGCACAAUGCACAGGAUACGAAGUUCAUGUCACUACAGGACAAUAGACUCAUGGGGAUCGGAUCCCACGAGAAUCGCUUACUAGGAUUAUCGCAAGACAACCGAACACUCGGCGGUGGUCAGGGCUCGGCGGACAAACCGAUCCAACGGAAGUGCAGCAGUACACCGGAGGAUUUCAGUGCCCUGUACGGUGGAUUAGCGGGAACACCUAUUAGUGACCACCAUCACCAUCACACGCCUGCCCACACACCGCCGAAUCGGUUGUCCGACAAUUCAUCGGUGACAGCGGAAGGAGCUUUUAAAAAACUAAAACCCGAACCGAACGGUGGACUUUCGUCGGUGUCCGGUGGCAUCUCGUCGCCCGGAAGUGGAAUUUCGUCCCUGCCUCAGCAUGCCGGCCACACGCCCACAACGGCAUCCUGUCCGACGCCGGCGCGGAGGCGGCACCGGACCACAUUUACUCAGGAACAGUUAGCAGAACUAGAAGCGGCCUUUGCAAAAUCCCACUACCCCGAUAUCUACUGUAGAGAGGAACUAGCGCGAACGACAAAACUAAACGAAGCAAGGAUACAGGUCUGGUUUCAGAACCGCCGGGCUAAAUAUCGCAAGCAAGAAAAGCAAUUACAGAAAGCGCUCGCACCCUCGGUGAUACCGUCGUGCAAUGGCAUGAUGCGAAACAUACAAGGCUACAGCGUGUCCCGGGGUUAUCAACCGUAUCCCCAUCCAAACUCAAUCAAUCGAUAUCCGCAGGACCUCUUCCAGAUGGGUGCCUCCUCGUAUCCAGGAAUGACGCAACCUUUCUCGAUGACACACAGCUCCAACAUGGGCUCCGUGGGCGUUCGUCAGGAUUCAAUGGGAAUGUCUGCCGAGGACGAGUGGUACAACAAGAGUCUAUCUGCUCUCCGGAUGAACAGCUCGCAUCACCCGAACCUUUCCGCGCCGAUGCUGCAGUACCAGACAUAAUUAAUGUAGGAUCAACUAUAACCUUUUCCUGAUUGUUGAGCAACUAGUCUCCCCGGAAGCUCAGCCUUGCUUGCGCUAGUCAAUACAAAUUUCAAAUCAAAAACCCCUUUUUCAACACCAUUUAAUAUAUUUCGAACGCUUACUGCGACAAAAACAAAAAUUGUCGAAAUUUUGCUAGCCUACUCAUUCGCAAAUGUGUUUAAUUGAAUCGAUUCAGCAGAGCGCACUAAAAUGUUGUUCGUACGCUACCGAAGCGAUCCUUCUGCUGUGAACGUUUACUUGCUGGUAAUUACAUUGACAGCAACGAGCUAUUUUCGGGCAUAUUUUUGUUCUAUCCAUCCACAUCAUGAUGCAAAAACGAAUAAAUUUACCAGACCUUUUUUCAUUCUACCAGUUCAAUAAAGGCGCUAAUUUAUGCAUCUGAAAAUGUUAAACCCAACACGCUAAUUAAUAUUUGAAUAUUCUUCACAAGAAGAAUGGACAAAUAAGUAACAUAGUUGAAGAAAAACCUUGUACAUAUGUCUAAACAUGAGCUAUGGAAUACCGAACUCUCAUUUCCACGAAGAUGAAAAUUUAAAUCAAUCGAUUCGCUGUUUAGCUCGAAAACUAACACAUGGCACGAAAUCAAACCUUACCAGUAACGCAAAAUUGAAAGCCAUAAAUUUAAAUAUCUACUACCAAAAACAAAUGAGUGCGAACCGGUGAAGGUGAAGAAAAGACAAAAUCUUUUACCGGUCAGAAAGUGAAUUAAGUAAGCUAGCAUCUAAGGCAGAAGUAAAUACCAAAAAAGGAAAAAAACUAAACUACAUCUACGAGGAAAAGGAACCAUAUAUUAAACUUUGAACUAACGUAGCUAAAUUAUUUAAUUUAAAUACAUGAAAAAUGAACAAACAAAAUAAAAAAAAAUCUUAUAACGAGAGAUAAUGUAAACAGGUGAGAACCGUUAGUUGAUCUAUGCUACAGAAUAUGCUGUCACAUUUCUAGUCACUCAAAAAAAAAACAGUAACAACUAAAACCGAGCAUUGAUUGUACUUGUAAAUAUUCACCGAAACCAAUGCAUUAAACUA